AUGGCACGUGCACUUAAUGCAGAUAGAAAUUCUGCAAGACCUCCUGAAAGUAAUUUAAAUGCUAAUAUACAAACACUGAUUGGGAAGCUAUCAGGUACGAAUGAGUUACCCAGGAAAAUUGAGUUUGAAGAUCCAAAAAGGAGGUCGGAACGUAUGUGCGAUGAAUAUGGGAAACCAACCUUAAGUUCAACUGGAGUACAGCAUUUAGACGGUUCUAAUGAUAAGGUGUUCACAUUGACCAGUCAAAAUUGCAAGGAUGCAAAUAAACUUGUUGUCGGAGGUGUUACUGCUACUCCUAAUGAGUUUCCUCACAUGGUUGCCCUGGGUACUAGAACCGCACAUGGAACAUUUCAUACAAGCUGUGGUGGUUCGCUUAUUUCACCAGAAUGGGUACUUACAGCAGCCCAUUGUUUUAAGGAAAGAUUGACACAUGUACGUAUCGGUCUGCACAAUGUGCAAAAUAAUCAAGAAGGUACUAUAACUACAAUAAAGAACACAAUACGCCAUCCGAAUUACAACAGUGCUGCUAUGUACAAUGACAUAGCCCUUGUGCGGUUAAAUAAACCUGUUGAAAUUACUAAUUAUAUAAGACCAGCUUGUUUGUACGAUGAAUUCGAUACUAUACCUCAAACCGCAACCGUUACUGGCUGGGGCACUACAGACUAUGACGACGAGGAAGGAAGUAAUCUAUUGCAAAAGGCUGAACUUGAUAUUAUUGAUAACUUAAAAUGUUCAACGAUAUAUUUAUAUCAGAAAAUCACGAAACUACCAUACGGAAUUAUACCGCGUAUGAUAUGCGCCGGGGAUGAACGCGGUGGAUGGAAGAAAGAUACUUGCCAAGGAGAUUCAGGAGGUCCGUUACAAAUAGUUCACCCAAAGAAUUCGUGCCUCUUUCAGGUAGUAGGUAUCACCAGCUUUGGAAUAGGUUGCGCGUUUCCGAACAACCCUGGAGUGUACACAAGAGUUGCUCAUUAUCUUAACUGGAUAGAGGACAUUGUUUGGCCGGAACAUUGA